AUGAAGCUCCUCUCAGCUGGCGCGCUGGCUCUUGGCCUCGCUAACUUGCCUAGCACUUUUGCUUGGGGCAGUCUCGGUCACAUCACCACCGCUUACCUCGCCAGUCACUUUGUCGCAAACACCACCGAGGCUCACCUCAAGUAUAUUCUCUAUAAUGACGAGGAAGACUAUUUGGCUAAAAUAGCCUCAUGGGCAGACUCAAUUCGCUACACAGAUUGGGGUCGAUACACCAAGACCUUUCACUUCAUCGACGCUCAUGACAGCCCUCCUAACAAGUGUGACGUCGACUUUGAGCGCGAUUGCAAGGACGAUGGUUGUGUCCUCACCGCCCUCAAGAACUACACCCAGCAGUCAGUUGAGCCUCAGUUGCCCUUCUGGCAGCGCAACCAGGCCGCCAAGUUUGUCGUUCACUUUAUCGGGGAUCUGCACCAGCCUCUACAUAACGAAAAUGUCGAAAAGGGAGGUAACGGUCUUGCAGUGACAUUUGACGGCCGCACAUUCAACCUCCACCACGUCUGGGACAGUUCUAUCGCCGAGAAGCUGUUGGGUGGUCUGCACGGCGACCCCUUCAAGCUCGCCAACAGCUGGGCCAACCAGCUUGCAGUCGAGAUCACAGACGGCAAGUUCGCAGAGGCAAAAGACGCGUGGUUGAAGGAUCUAGACUUCAGUGACCCCAUCAGCACGGCACUUGCUUGGUCCCGAGAGGCCAAUGCGCUCGUCUGCACUCACGUUCUGCCCGAGGGUGCCGAUGCCAUUGUCGGUCAGGAACUCGGAGGCGAGUACUUUGAGAAGGCGGCCCCGGUCAUUGAGGAGCAGGUUGCCAAGGCCGGUUACAGAAUGGCUGCCUGGCUGGACAAGAUCGUUGAGGCUUACAAGGAUGUUGAGCAGAAGCAGAUGUCCGAGGAGCUCUGA